UUGCUCUUCUUCCUAGUAUGUAUCUGUCGGUAAUGUAAAAUAACGAUAAUACGUAUGAACAUUUCAUUAAAAAGAACAAUAAAUAUAUACUCGCGCGCGCGCGCGCGUGUGUGUGUGUGUGUGUGUGAAUAUAUGUAUCUAUACACAUAUAUAUAUAUAUAUAUCAUCGUCAAAGAAAGAUUGUAAAAUUCAGAAAGAUCGUUAAAAUCCACAAAGGUUGUUUAAAUGAUUUUAAGAUUAACGAAAUAUAUAUGGAUAAAAAUUGGAAUAUGUAUAAAUGGAAUGUUUUAUCGACCGAUGAAAAUAUUUCGAUACAAGUGAUAUAUUCUCAUACUUUCAUAAAACAGAUUUUUUUUAUAAACGAGUUUUUACAAUCUAUUUUUAAUCUUUAAAUAGAUACGUUUAUUUUCUAAUAAAAAAAGAAACAAAUAUGUAUAUGUAUAUGUAUAUGUAUAUAUGUAGAUCCUCUCUUACCACGAAGGUAAAUGCAGAGUAAAGUAUACUUUUUAGUAAUACGUAAAAGAUGAUAGGAUCGACAGCUGGUGCCAUCGAGCGAAUGGUUAAAAUAUUAACGAAACCUUUCAAAUCAUUCGAGUAACUUAGCUGUCAUGACGAUAAAGUUUGUUUACAUGGCAAUUGAGUCCUUGAGUUCUCUAUCAAAUCAUAUCAUUACUACUGCAAUAGCACGUGCCGGUAAUCGAACUUAGUAAAUAACAGUUCUUGCUUUCAUAGCUCGUGUUUCUUCUGUCAUCGAAAAUUGUAUCAUAAACGAGACGAGAGAAGUUUUUCGUUUUUCUUUCCUUUCCCUAUAAAUGAAGAAAUAAAAUUAAGCGGAAAAACGGAAAUUAUAAUAAGUUCAAUGAUUCCCAUUCGACUUCCGACCGCCAUUUCUCACACCGAGUCGAUAGACUGGAAAAGAUACAACAACGGUGAGGAGGAAGAAGAUGAAGAAGAAAGGUAUAAAUACGAGGAAGAGGAGGAUUUUAUCGAAGUUGAAUAUCGACCUACGGCCGUCCCGAUUACACGCGAAAUUCUACAAAAAAUUCAACAAGAAUUGGGUUUAAUUCAAUUAUGUUGGCCCGAGAAGGAUAUUAGAAAAGACGUAUACUUGUCAACUUUGCCGGAUAGUUAUUAUAGUGUCAAUGAUAAGGAAAGGUUAUUGCUUUUGUAUGCUGAGAAUUUUCGAAGACAAUUCCAUACUAAAUACAAGGAUAGAAAGCCUAUUUUAUUGGCAUGUGAAAAUGAAUGUGGCGUGCAGAAAUUUGUGUCUACGAGUAUAAGACGAAGUACACUGCCAUAUCCGGAACUGUACACGUGGCAGGGAUGCGCAAAAUUUGUUAGCGACUACAUAAGUUACGAGCCACUUGGCAAGGAGGAUCUCGUAUUGGUAAGAAAAAUCUGAAAAACACUUUAACUGUUUUUUCUUUCUUUUUUUUGUUUCCUUUUCUUUUUCUUGUCUUUUUUUCUUUUUUUUUUUUUUUCUUUUUUUAUUAAUAAAAAGCUACGUAAGCGCGAAUAACAAUUCCGCCGAGCGAUGCGAGAUCCCCUUCGUGCCUCUGGUCUCUUUUUUCUCUUCUUUUUCUUUAAC